AUGAUUACCGCCAUCAUAUUUCUUGCCAUCGCCGGCACAGUACUUUGUGCCCCACCCGAAAUGGGUGGUGACUUCAACAUCCAAGUGGAGCCUCCCAGUGUGAGAACUGCAGGGAAAGACAGAGGACCACCUCAGAUGGGCGAAUUCAACAUCCAAGGAGGACCUGGAAGUGGUCCUGGUCACGAAGCAUUCGGACAUCACGGACCGCCCCCACCACCGUACCUUGGAAAUGUCAGUGACGAAGCUCGACAGGAGUACUUCACUAUUGUUUCGAACACAAACAACACGAUCGCCCAGCAAAAACAAAAUGUACUCGCAUGGGCUCAAAAGAAUGGAGUUGAGGCUCAAGUGCAGGAGUUCAACACGAACAUGACCAACUUGAUGACCCAAAUGAAGCAGAACGUAACAUUACUGAUCAACUCAUUGCCGUCAGCAUUACAACAGCUUCUUUCUGUUGCGGGUAAUGAAACUCUAAGCCGUGACCAGCAGAAAAACGCCAUGAGAACGCUGGUGUCUCAAAAUCCACAGGUCUACCACAUCAUAAAGCUCGCAACGGCACACCUCCAUCCUAGAGAACUCGGUCUUCCACACGGUCCUCAAAAUUUCGCAACAGCCGUCAUGGAUGCACCAGAAGAAGGAAAUGAUUUUGGCGCGGCAGUGAUGGACCAUGAAGAUCCUGUUCAAGACGAUAACUGA